AUGGCUAUCACUUCGGCUUUUUCAGACGUGGAAGUCCCUGUCGUUGACGUAUGGACCUUGUCCAUGGUUCACCAGAAGCCAUAUUCAGAAGAUCACGAAAUCUUCAUUGACCUUGAAACGGGGCGCUCCCUCAACUUGGCCCAGCUCCGAGCACUGUCAAUACAGUUUGGGCAGGGACUUAAGCAUAUGUUUGGAUGGGCCAAGGGUGACGUCUUGUCUAUAUACUCAUCCAAUUGUGUCGAGACACCUGUCGUGAACCUCGGCCUGCACUGGGCUGGUGGUGUUGCCAGUCCGGCAAACCCUACAUACACCCCUGGGGAGCUCGCCCGGCAGCUUAAAGAUUCAGGUUCCAAGGCUCUCAUCACACAGGUACCUUAUCUCGACGCUGCGCUCGAAGCAGCGAGAGAUGCCAAUCUUAGCCAGGACCGUAUAAUUCUGAUUGGAGAUUCCCUUCAUGAAGGGUUCAAACACUGGACGGACAUCACUGCGAAGAGCGCCUGGUUCACACCCACGAAGACACCCGUUGAUCCCAAAAAGGACUUGGCAUACCUGGUAUACAGCUCUGGAACAACGGGUCUCCCAAAGGGUGUGGCUCUAACACAUGAAAAUGUCGUGGCCAACAUGUCGCAGGUUGGGCCUUUAGAUCUCAAACUGCUCAACUGGGACAUUGAUUCCCAUCUUGGAGUGCUCCCUUUCUUUCACAUAUAUGGUCUUUCGGUUGUUAUAGGUGUUACUAUCUUGACAGGUGCAAGAUGCUACGUCAUGCCACGGUGGGAUCUCGAAAAGGCAUGCCAGGCCAUCCAGGACCGUGGCAUCACCUUUAGUUACAUACCUCCACCCAUUGUUCUCGCCCUAGGAAAACAUCCUGCUGUAGAUCGGUACGACCUCUCAACCCUGCGGUGGCUCAAUUCCGGAGCUGCCCCAGUUAGCAAGGAACUCGUUCUAGCCGUCUGGGACCGCCUAAAGGUUGGUGUCAAGCAGGGAUACGGUUUGUCAGAGACGAGUCCCACGACUCAUACACAAUUCCCAGACGAGUGGUUCCGUUUCCAGGGCUCUGUUGGUAGGCUUUUGCCCAACAUGAAAGCCAGGAUUGUCGAUGAUGAGGGCAGGGAUGUUAAAGAGGGUGAUUCUGGCGAACUUCUGGUCAAAGGCCCCAACGUCUUUGGGGGCUACUGGAACCGUCCCGAUCUCAAAAAGGAUACAUUUACUGAGGAUGGAUGGUUCAAGACAGGAGAUGUCGUUAGGGUUGACAAGAAGGGUCACUUCUACAUAACUGAUCGCAUCAAGGAACUCAUCAAAUACAAGGGUUUCCAGGUCCCUCCGGCUGAAUUGGAGGAGAUAAUCCACGGGCACGAAAAGGUGGCUGACUGUUGCGUCGUGGGUGUCUGGAACGAGGAGGAGCACACUGAAGUGCCGCGUGCUUAUAUUGUCCCUGAGACGGGUAUCCAACCAAGUGAGGAAUUCGGCAUCGAGCUUGUACAGUGGCUGAGUGGACGUGUUGCCCCCCCCAAGCGUCUACGUGGCGGCGUGCGCUUCAUUAAUGAAAUCCCAAAAUCGCAGUCUGGCAAAGUGCUGAGGAGGGUCCUGCAGGAGCAGGGCAGGAAAGAGGACCAGGCACCUAAAGCCAAGCUGUAG